CGGUCACUAAAAGGUGAUCCUUCAGUGCCGCUGGGCUUUUACAUGCUUGGAGCCAAGCCAUGGUCGUGCCAGAGCACCUGCAGCUAUCCCUUGGGGGUGAUACUCUUGUGCCUUUGUGUGAGCGUGUGCGGAGUUGCACUGGAUUAUAUAGAAAUUGGCACUGCGGACUUCGACACCUUGGCACAGCAGUUGCAUGGCACAGAUGCGGUUGGUCUUUCCAUCGAGCCGGUGGAGGAACACUUCCAGCAGCUGCCAGUGAAGGAGACCUCAGAGACCAAAAUCGGGCAACGCAAGCUCUGGGCCGCUGUGGCUGAGCAGGAUGGAGAAGCCGAUCUUUACGUGGUGCGCCCAGAGUACAUGGAACCCCAGUGCAGCAAUGCUACGGUUAGACAACUGGGCUUGCAAUAUUGCUUGCCCUGGUGGUUCAGAGCCACAGCCAGCCUUCAUAAACCUGCUGCCCUGGUCGAUGUGCAUGCGGGAGAAAAGGCCGUGGAAGCACAGAUGGUGGUGAAGGUUCCCACGGUGAGCUAUGCCUCUUUGAUGGAACGCUUCGAUGUAACCAGUCUUCACCUUCUGAAAAUUGACACCGAAGGCUUCGACGUUUUUAUUCUGAGACAAAUGUUGAAGUGGGGAAAAACCACUUCACAGUAUCCAGAAAGGGUGCAGUUUGAACGGAACAAUCUGACUGAUGCUCGCGAAGCAGAGGAAUUAUUUUUUGAGUUGCAAGCUGUUUACGAUUGCUGGGCUCCAGCCACUGAAGAUGAUGUGCAAUGUCUUCGCCUUGGCAAUAUUGCUGCGGGGGACCGAUUGCCCACAGCCUCAAGUGGAUGGUUCCACAUGGAGAUUCCAUCGUGGUGGAGGAUGGAACUUCCAGACCGUUUGACCGUGGCGGCUGUGCAGCUGGCAACUUCGACCAGUCCCUCCGGUCCCAUGGAAGUGACUGUAGGUGACUCUCCGGUGGUGCAUCAAAAUCGGCGUUGUGGCCACCGCAGCCAUGGUCGUUCGGAUGACUUGGUGGCCUUGGUGGCGCAUUGUGCUUUGGAAGGGCGUUAUGUGGGGCUCUUAGGCUCCUCCAAGGCGGAAGAUGUGGAGAUCUUAGUGCCUCUUCUAGGAGAAGCGUUUCGCUUGUCCAUGGGCAGAGUCUGUUGUCACAGGGAGUGCAACAGCACGGACACCCAUUUGUUCGAAGGUUAUGAUCCCCGCUGUGAAGAACGAUGUCGAAACGACCGCAACUGCAGAUUCUUCACCAGCUUUAGCUCACUCUGGUGCAUUACAUACGCAGACUGCGAUGAAGAACUUCUGAGCCUGCUUCCGGGCACCACAUUUGGAAUAGCUCAGAAUGAGUUCUUACCUCUUCCAUUGAAUGAAGCACGUCAAUCGUCACUGGACUGGGGGGGCGAGCCAGAGCGUGCUAUUGAUGGCAAGUUCGACCCUCACUUUCUGAUGGGCAGCUGCAGCCAUACAGCGGAGGAAACUGACAGCAAUGGCACCUGGUGGGCAGCCAGCACUGCCCUGCCUUUUCACGCGAUAUCUGCUGUGAGGGUAUUGGGCCGGUGGGACUGCUGCCAUGAGCGUUUGGAUGGCUGGGAGGUCCGGAUUGGCUUUGACCCAGACCCACGGCAAAAUCCCCUGUGCGGCAUGCAGCAACGCGUGCUGCCAGCUGGAUCUCGACGAUUGGUGAAAUGCGGAGAACCCCUACCAGGCAACGUUGUAGGUGUGGUGCUGCCUAGUGGACAAGCACUCACUUUGUGUGAGGUUGAAGCAUUUGGACCCUUUCGCUGGUAGACAGCUGUACACUGUCUGGAAGGGAUGAAGGAUGGGUGUGAUGGUCCUGCUUGAGCACUACAAGAUCGCUGUGUGAUCCAGGAUCCUCAGGAGUUGGAAUAGUCCUGAAUAGACUGAUAUUCUGGGCCUUCGCCUUAACCCAACAAGGUCCAUCAAGUAUUUGACAGAAAUCGCCUCUAAGUUUGAAUAAACUGGAUGUGCUUGGUGAUGUUCAAGCCGGUCCGAUGUUGGCUUAGAGUGCAGAGUACGAAGAGAACAAGAUUGAAGCGAACCAUUUUCCUGGGUGGUUUUUCCCUGGCUUAAGUCCAGAAUGACUCUGCGCCAGCGCCAACCGGUGGAGGAAAUGGAAAGAUGAUUCAGAUCACUUGCGCGAAGUUGGGGCAUCGGCAUAGGGCAGUCUUCUCACGCUCUCACCUCCGUCGGCCAGUUUCCGAGAACUGCAAGAUUUCCGAGAACUAGACAAAGACAUCACACAGCAGAGAUAGCCCACCUGCGAGGGAAAA